UCUCCUCUCGGAUGAUUUUCUAACACACAUCGCGCGGCAAGUAAAGAAUAAACGACCUUUCAUCGUCGAGGGGAAGGACAGAGGGAAGAUGCGAUAAGCAAUCUCGAUAAGGAGAAGAGAAAGCGGACCAAAAGCGAAAACACUUUCGACUCUUCAACAAUUCUCUAUUCGUCUGCCAUGUACGCGGACUUUCUGCUGUCUUCACUUACCCACUGGGCGAAAACCCACUUGGCCACCUCCACGCUGGUCGUGGCGGUGUCCGUGGGGUGGAUCCUGCACUGGAUCAUUCACAGACCCCAGCGGAAUCUCAAGCUGCCGCCGGGCCCCUGGCUCAAUCUACCCUGGCUUGGGUACCUGCCCUUCUUAGGGACAGACUUCGUGAAAGGCUUUGGAAGACUCAGUAAGAAGUAUGGACCCGUCUAUAGACUGAAGCUCGGUCAGCGCUCCGUCCUCGUCCUCAACGACUUCCCGUCUGUGAAGGAGGCUUUCCUGCAGCGUGCUUUCCUCGGCCGGCCACCCAAUCCGCCCAACCAUCUGCUCAAGGAUGCCACCAGUUUCAGCGUCAGCAACGGCGUCGUCUGGAGAGAGCAGAAAAACUUCGCUUUGCACGUCAUGCGAGAUCUGGGAUUUGGAAAAACGAGAAUGGAAGUGCACAUCAAGGAAGAAAUUGCUCAUCUGUUGUCCGAGUUAGAAGAAUUCGAAGGGCGUCCAGCCAAUGUCCGACGGUACUUGGCACCCAGCACAUCCAACAAUAUUUCGGCCCUCAUUUUCGGUCGACGAUUGGACUACCACGACCCGAUGCGAGUGCAGCUGGACGAAGUCAUCACGGAGCUAAUCCGCUUCUUCAGGCCCACCAGCCUGCAUGCCUGGUUCCCCGGCAUCAAAACCAUCCUCUUCAAACUCAAAUUGUUCGACUACGACAAGCUGGAGUACGCCAUCAAGCAUCUCCUCCAGUUCAUAGCGAAAGAAAUAGACGAGCACGAGUCCACUCUAGAUUCGAACAACAUCCGGGACUACAUGGACGGCUUUUUGCUGCAGAUGAAGCAACGAGAGUACAGAGAUCCCAACACAUCCUUCACAAAGGCGAUGUUAAAGGGCAACUCCCCCUCUCUGAUUGGAGCCGGCAGCACUACAGUCCGGGCCACGAUGGAAUGGUCGAUGUUGUCCAUGGCCGAGUUCCAAGACGUCCAGGCAAGGAUACAUGCCGAAAUCGACGAAGUGAUUGGCCGCGAGAGGACCCCGGAAUGGGCUGAUCACAUCAAGAUGCCCUUCACAGAAGCGGUGCUUAUGGAAAUCCAGAGAUGGAAGACAGUCGUCCCCAUCAACCUCCUGAGAUAUACAACUGAGCCUGCGCAAGUGGCUGGCUAUGACAUCCCAGCCGGCAUGACAACCAUUGCCAACAUCCACGCCAUUCAUAACGACCCGGACUUCUGGGAACAGCCAGAGCUCUUCAAGCCUGAGCGAUUCCUAUCUGAAGAUGGCAAAGAGGUGGUUAAGCACGAGUGCUGGAUUCCUUUCUCUCUUGGUAAGAGAGCUUGUCCAGGAGAAACCUUGGCCAAUGUGGAGCUAUUUUUGUAUUUUACGAGUUUGUUGCAAAAAUUUCAUAUCGUGUUUCCGGAAGGAAAAAGGCACAACUUCCAAGGUCGGGUGGGCGCAACUUUUGAGCCCCUGCCCUACGAACUGUGCAUGAUACCCAGGAAAUAAUUAUGCUCUUUUAAUAUUUUUGUUUUACUACACUUUCAAAAUUUAUGCGUGAAAUUAUUUCCUCAUUUCAGUGUGCUGUAUUUUUUAAAAUUGCAGAAUGAGUUGCAAUAUAUAAUUUUUUUUUCAUUUCUUUGUACAUAAAUUUGCUUUUAAUGUAUAUCCAUUAAAGAACGACAUCAUAAAUGUAUCCAUUGUGUUUAUAAUACAUAUUUGAUGUUAUUAGUAUAAUCAGAACUAAUUGAUUAUUUUAUUUAAUAAAGUCUGUAGAGUUUAGAAAAUUGUAUUUUAAGAAAAAUACUGUAAUACAACAGCUAUUUUUACAGACAAAUAAUGGAUAUUGGUGGAAAAGAUUACCUGAAUUGUUAAAUAAUUUUAAAAAAAACUUUAUGUGGUUCAAUGUGACUGAAAUGCAUGCAUCUUUCGACAUAAUCGGAUGAGAGUGUAAAAGGUGAUUUUUUUUUCUUUUACAAAAUGGCAUAUUUUCUAAAUCUUUUCCAUCUUAUUUUAUCUAAGUAUUGAAUUUGUGAAUGAUUUUAAAAGUAAACUUCAUUUACAAAUUUUCAAAUCCCAAGCAAAAUUUUGUAACCGAUCCCUCAUGUCCGUCUCAGUUAUAGUUUUAUUUUUUAAAAAUUAUCUAAAACCUUUAUCUUAAACUUUAAUCAUCUUUAAGUUUUAAAAACACCUUUUUCUUUUAUUUUACACCCAUUAUAAAUUGAUCCAAAAUACAUUUUUUUUACCGGGAUCAUUUUACAUUAUUAAUUCAUGUUUAAAUAAAUCAAUAUGAAAAUUUGUUCACUCUUUCUUCGGCGUCACUUCUGAAUAAUGGUCUUCUGCAAUUUCUCAACAUAAUGAAUGUAUUAUCGCAUGCAAAACUUUUUCAAUUUCUGUUAUUGAGUAUUAAUAGCCUUCAGACUGAAACCUGCGGAAUUAAAGAGUUCAUUUCUAGAUAUUCAUACGAAACGAAGAACCAUUCUUCAUUUAUUGUAAUUUCGUUUUAUAUUUAUGGGGAAUAAAAGUUUGAAAAUAAAGCAAAGUGAAAAUCAAAAUUUUUAUUCGGCAGUUAUAUAACUUAAAUGUACGGAUUGUUCUCACAUUUUUGAACGCUUUAAAAAAACCAUAUGUAAUCACUAGUUUUCUGAAUAGUCUGAAUUUCUUAGUUGUCAUUUCAAUGAGUUAUGUUCAUCAGUUAUUUUAUUCUUAUAAUGCAAUGCUUAAAAUUUCAUUUGAUUACUAAUUCUUAUUAAGCUGUAAAGUCAUCAGUCACUCUUGUAUUGUCUUUUCUAUGUGUGAAGUAUUUUUUAUAAAGACUGUGUUCUUCAUGUAUUUUAAUAAAGAUAUUUUGAUCGAAAUCUCAA